AUGUCGUUUGGUUUUUCUGCUGGAGAUUUUAUUGCCGGUGCAAACCUGGCCUGUACAAUUGUACGUGCUCUAUCAGAAAGUCGAGGCGCCAGCACGGAAUAUCAGGAUGUUAUCCGUGAACUUGGUUGCAUCCAACAAACUUUCCUCCAGGUCGAACAGAUGCGGGCAUCCAAUCUAUUCAGCCAGGCAACCAUGAAUGCAAUUACUUGCAUAAUAAACUCCUCGAUUGAGGUAAUGGCUGGGUUCCUAGAACGGACUGACAAAUAUCGCCAAAGCCUCUCUGUGUCUGCGGCCAGCUACCAAAACCAGAAUAAUAUCUCUCAUGGAGUUUUGAAGUUCCAGGAAAGCGGCUCUAAUACGCAGACGGGUCAGUUUGUCUCUGGUCCGUCUGUAUCUGAGACUUCAUCGAUAGCGACCGUCGCCAGUCACCAAAGUUCUACCUAUGAAAGCACAGCUAAAGAUGAGGCAAUUGCACGAUUAGAGAUGUUGAUUUCCGACGAGCGUGCCCAGAGAAGAGCGAGAGACGCGGCGAGAGAAGCUGCUAUGGUUAAGGCAGCUGCAGACAAACUCGCAGCCAAAGAACGAGCCGCAGCAGAUAAAAAACUUGUCGAAGAGGCAAUAGCUCGUGAGAGGCAAAAAUGGGAAAAAGAGACCUCACAUAAACCACUGCGAGAGAGGAUGUCGUACGCAUAUAAGAGGGUCACGGGAAGGAACUACGAUACCUAG